ACCGCCUCAUGAUAGUGUUUAUGGCGUUGAGGAGAAAGUGUUGUCCAGUUGAUUCGACCAAUCUUUUGUCAAUUAAUAAGAUUGACAUCGGCCUGCGACACUAGUCACAGCAUCAAUGCGGUAAACUGGAGAAUUCGUGUCUAAAAUAUCACAAACAGUUACAGUGCAGCUAUCCAUGAUCUUAACCAUGACUCAACCACAGCAGAAGAUGUUAACUUCACUGGUUUGAACCCAUAAUGGAUGCUCAAAAUCAUAGGCCGUGUGAACUAGAGCCUUAUUACGUGGAUCAGGCCCCAGCCACUGUGUAUUACAUCCCCAACUUUAUCACUGCUACAGAAGAAGACUAUCUGCUACAGCAGGUUUACAAUUCACCGAAACCCAAAUGGACUCAGUUAUCAGGAAGGAGGCUGCAGAACUGGGGUGGUUUACCUCACUCAAGGGGAAUGCUUGCUGAAAAGCUGCCCGACUGGCUGGCUAAAUAUGCACAGAAAAUUUCAUCCCUGGGACCUUUUGCAGGACAAGUUGCUAAUCAUGUGUUGGUUAAUGAGUACAAUCCUGGUGAAGGAAUAAUGCCUCAUGAGGAUGGGCCUUUAUACUUUCCAACAGUUACCACUAUCAGCCUUGGCUCUCAAACUCUGUUAGAUUUCUAUCAUCCCAUUGAAAGAGAGGAUGAAGAGGUGAAGGUUUAUUCUCCACAGACCGAAGAAAACCGUUAUCUUCUGUCUCUUUUUCUUGAACCACGUAGCCUUCUGGUGCUGCAAGAUGACAUGUAUGUGAAGUAUCUGCAUGGCAUCAGGCCAGUGAGAGAGGACAUUGUCACAGAGAAGGUAGCCAACCUAAAAUCAUGUAAUGCAAAACUUGGAACGGUUUUAAAAAGAACUACAAGGAUAUCCCUGACUAUUCGUUAUGUGCCAAAGGUUUUAAAAACCAAGAUAUUGCUGGGGAGAAAGUAACGACAUUUUUUUUAGUUUAAAUAGAUUGUAGUACCAUUUUAUUUGUCUCCUUCCUGAAAAUCUCGCUUAUUUCAGAGAGUAAAUUUGGAGAUGUACCUCUGUAUUGGUGCCUCUUUCAAUGGAUUUUCCUCACAAUAAAAAAAAUCCUGUCAGUUUGUUCUGUUAUGAAAAGAAUUAAUAUAGUGUGAUAUUGCUCUUACUGUGUCCUGACAUCAGUUGCAACAUCAGUCCCUGAGUAGUGGCGAGGAGCAAGAAUUUUUCCCCCACCUCUUCCGAUCUCUAUUGCCCCAUCCUACCACCAGUGAAGCCAGUAUUAAUAACUUUACUGUUAAAAUAACUUAGCUCUUCACAGGCUUUUGUUGAUUUCUAUAUUUAAGUUCCAUGUCUGUGAGAAGAUUUGUAGCUCGGGUGCUCGUUGUUGUGGUUCUGUUCACCGAGCUGGGAAUUUGUAUUGCAGAUGUUUCGUCCCCUGUCUAGGUGACAUCCUCAGUGCUUGGGAGCCUCCUGUGAAGCGCUCCUGUGAUUUUUUUCUUUCUCCGGCAUUUGUAGUGGUUUGAAUCUGUCGCUUCCGGUUGUCAGUUCCAGCUGUCUGCUGCAGUGGUCGGUAUAUUGGGUCCAGAUUGAUGUGCUUAUUGAUUGAAUCUGUGUCCAAUACCAAGCAAGUCUGUGUCUCAGGCACUGUUAGAAAUUGGUAAAGGAAAAGCUACAUGCAACUUUCACAAUCUCCUGAGUUUUAAAAUCAGUAAAAGAAUGUGUGUGUAUUUUAAUGAAAUUGCUUUAGCUACUGCUGUACACAGUGCUUGCUUUCUACAUUACAAAUUAGGACCUGUUUAUUGC